UUUCUUUCUCCUUGUAUUCCUCCUCCUGCGUCCUCCUCUUCUUCUUCCCCCGUCUCUCUCUUUCAACCACCUCCUCCUUGUUUUGCUCCUCCCACUGUUUCGCCUUUACCCUCUUCCAGGGUUUCUCCUCGUUCUCCCUCCUCUCCUCAUGUCCCUCUCCUUUCCUCACCUCCUUCCUUGUCUUUUCAUUCUGCCUCUCCUUCUCCUCCUCCUCCUCCUCCCUGCUGCCCCUGCUCCUCCCUUCUGCCUCGACUUCUCUCAGCUCACCGGUUGGAGGUGCGGCGCCUCCUGCGAGGAGCUUUGUCCUCCCUAGGUCGUCGUCUUGACUCUCUGGAGAGGAGGAGCAGGAGGAGGAGGAGGAGGAGCCGGCAGAGAGCGGAGGAAACCAGCAAUUCUCCUGGUUUUGCCGCCAUUCCAUUAGGCUCCUCCCACUCCCUAUGCACCCCUUACCCCUCAUCACCGCCAUCUUCAUCCUCAGACAGCCAGGACACACCUACACCUCCUUUAUUAUCUAGUUUGAGCCAAUCAGAGCAGAGGCGGAGCAGAGGAGAGGAGGAGGAGGAGGAGGAGGGGAGAGGGAGGAAGAGGAGGAGGAAGAACCACAGAAGAAGAGAUGGGCCGGUUCGUCCUGUAAACAGAGAAGAAGAAGAAGAGGAAGAGGAGGAUGCUGGGAGAUUUGUGGGGCGGAUGGUGGUCUCCUUCAGAGGAGGAGAAGAGGAGCAACUGCUCACUCUGCACAACUUCAACCAGAGGAAACACAGAAGAAGAGAGAGUGGGGCCAGCCAAUCAGAGAAGGUCAUCAGUGUCGUCAGGCAGAAUGGUUACAGCUCCUCCUACUCCCAGCAUGCCUUGCACCUCCUGCAGUCAGCCCAGAGUGGGGGGGUAGGCAGCCAAUCAGAAGCACUCAGCGUCUCUUCAGACCAAUGGCAUUUCUCAGACUUCAGCCUGCCCCCCUCCCUCUUCUCCAAUCACAGUGCCCUUCACUUAUGGCUUAGCUCCUCCUCUUUCUCCUCCUCUGGCUUUAGCCCUGCUCCCAUGGUGCGCCUGUCAGCUGUUGCCGUGGAGACAAUGACAGAGUCAGUGAGGGGCGGAGCUUGUAGUCGUCCCACGCGUCCACUGAAGGACUGGACAGCCCCGCCCAGUCUGAGCAUCGACCACUGCUACGUACGCCUGUUCUCUCCCAGCCCGUUAGUUUUUCCCGCCCGGCGGAUGCAGAAGCAGCGACCCAAUCACAGCUCUCGGAGAAUCCUCCUGCCCCGACGGCGGGCCCUGCCCCUCCCCCCAUGUUCAGCCAAUGGCCUGUCUGCUCCGUCUCCUGUCAACCAAUCAGCUGCAGGCUGCGAGUUUCUCAGCACAAACGGAGAGCGAGGUAAACGUGUAUCUCAGAUAAGAAUUCGGCGGGCGUCGCCACGUGAAACGCCGCUCACACCAAUGGGACUGCCAAAGAUGAAAAGGUUAAAGAAGAAAGAGUUCAGUCUGGAAGAAAUUUAUACCAACAAGAACUACAAAUCCCCCACCACCAACAGGAGUCUGGAGACAAUAUUUGAGGAGCCACGUGAGAAGGACGGAGCGCUGUUUGUGAUUGGCCAGCAGAAGAGACGCAGGCUCCUCCUCUUUCCUGACUUCACGCAGCCCAGGAAGAGGAAGAGGCCGCAAGGGGUGGGACUUCCUGUUGCCGUGAUGCCCAGGAAACGGGCUGUGGCUCGGCGACAUUGCCAUGGCGGAGGCCACGCUGAUGACGAGUCGGACCUGGACGUGAUGCUGGUGGAGCGACUGAGCGCACUUGAAGACUUCCUGACACGGCAGGGCCUGGAUGUUUGAGCUGUGACAUCACUUCCUGUUAGCUGACUUAAGGCCAAAUAAACAGAGCUGCUAUCGUACCCGCUACUGCUGCCACUAUGGCAAUGGCCUCAGCAUAUGACCUGGCGGGUUCUUCCAUUUUUGUUUCUUUAGUUUUUUUUCUUUGCAGUGUUGAUGCUUGUCUUUGAUUUUUUUUACAGUGUGGGCUCUUUGAAAAUAUUCUAAACUUUAAUAUUUAAUUUUUUUACAGUGUGAUCAUGUGGGCUGUCAGAGGCCACGCCCCCUGCAGGGCUCAGAUGGAUCUAUUUUAUUCUAUCAUGUUCCAAAAAAUAUUAAAGAGUUUACCGCAGUACUGAAGGACUACACAGUCCUCUGAAGGACUACACAGUACUGUGUAGUACUGCCUGAGUACUGCGGGGGGGCAGCGGGGGUUUUGGUAUUUGGAGUUUUAAAGUGUAAUAUUUAUAUUUCUGAUGAAAAUGUUUCUAUUUUUGGAACAAAUAAAGUUUGUUUCUCUUCACUGAA